AUGGCGCGAACCAUUCUAUUCGCCGUGGACUCGUCGGAGGACAGCUACAACGCGGUGCGGUGGGCGACGGAGCACCUCCUCCGGGCGGGCGACCGCGUCGUCAUCCUACACGCGCAGUCGCAGCCCGACCUCGUGCAGGGCAUGGUCGCCAAGGAAGUCCCGCUGGACCCGGAAACGGUGGAGUCCAUUCGCACGCACAUCAGCAACCUCAGCCGCAGAACGCUGCAGAAAUGCCAGGAGAUUUGCGAGGCCCAUAAGUUCUCCGCGAAAACCAGAGCGGAGAUAGGCGAUGCGCGCACGGUGAUAUGCGAGCAGGCGGGGGAGCUGAACGCGGACCUGCUGGUGGUGGGCUCGCGGGGGCUGGGCCUUCUCACGCGCCAACUCCUGGGCAGCGUGUCCAGCUAUUGCGUGCACAAUGCACCAGUGCCCGUGCUUGUGGUGCGGCCUGAGGGGGAGGGCACCAAGUGA